AUGGCAUAUCGACUUCUCUAUAAUGGUCACAGAGCGCCACAGAAGGUAUAUUGUCAUCGUCUUAGCUCUUUCAGUUCAGAUCUAUCUAUCUAUCUAUCUAUCUAUCAAUCUAUCUAUCUAUCUAUCUAUCUAUCUAUCUAUCUAUUUGCCUCAUGCAGUCCAUAUCCAUCUCUGUUCACCACUCUCUAUCUCAGUCAGUUCAGAUCUAUCUAUCUAUCUAUCUAUCUAUCUAUCUAUCUAUCUAUCUAUCUAUCUAUCUAUCUAUCUCAUGCAGUCCAUAUCCAUCUCUGUUCACCACUCUCGAUCUCAGUCAGUUCAAAUCUAUCUAUCUAUUUAUCUAUUGUUUUGCAGUCCCAGUAUGAAAUUCUCUCUCUCUCUCUCUCUCUCUCUCUCUCUCUCUCUCUCUCUCUCUCACUCAUUCGCACAGACACAUACUUCUCUCUCUCUCUCUCUCUCUGUCUCUCUCUCUCUCUCUCUCUAUUUAUAUCAGUCUAUUCAUAUCUAUCUCAGUUUAUUCAUAUCUAUGUGGUAUCUAUUUCAUAUCUAUCUAUCUAUCUCAGUAUAACCAUAUCUAUCUUUCUCUCUAUCUAUUUAUGCACAUAUGGACAUAGACAUAUAUGUCUGUAUGUCUGUCUUUGUCUCUAUCUCUUUCUCUUUACUUCUAUCUGUUCACAUCUAUCUAUAUAUCUAUCUGAUCUGUUCAUUAUCUAUCUAUCUAUCUAUCUAUCUCAACCUAAAUCAAAUCGACGAAGAGAAAUGGGCCAAAAACAGUCUUCUCCGCUACAGGCGACUGUAGCAAGCAACCCCCAGCCUCCCCCAGUAGCUAGAAAGCCCCGCGCUCCAGUGCCCCCCUAUCGCAUCCACAGUUUUGUGAUUCCAGAGAACAAAGUUCUACCGACUGAAAUCGCUCCUCGUCGAUUGCGACCAGUUUCUGCUGAAUUGGCAACAAGAAAUGCCGAUUUCGCUUCAAUUUGGGGCAAUCCCGUCACAGCUCUUGAUGAGCACCUUCGGGGCAGCCUCCAGAAAGAGACUCUCGAUAGACAUGCAGCCAAUCUUGCUUCAAUCAUUGCAGGGACAGAGGAAAAUUGCUUGACAGAUAAAAAAGAAGAUUCCAUAGAAACGACCGAAGCAAAUCCAGAAACUCAAACAGACCAAAUGACAAAAUUAGAAACACAAGGAAAAACAGAGAUUCUAAUUUCGAAAUUAGCGGAAACUAAAUCUGCAGUGCUAAAUUCCGAACUUGACUCUGAAAAAUCCGGCGAUACAUCCGUCAGACGUCGGAUUCAAGAUGAAAAUACCGAAAAACUGAAAAUGUCGAUUAAAGAGAACCUGGAACGGGCAAGUAGCGCGCCUACAAUGAUUAAAACAAAGGAAAGUCUCCCAAGCGGCGGCCUUCCACAAGAGUACACAAAUCACCGGCGAUACGCUUCAACUUCAACGUUUUGUUCCCAGACAGUCGCCCCUGAUGAUACCGAUGAAAUCGCAUCUUUCUCUUCAGACACCUUCAGUAGAACCUCAAACGCAUCUCUGCCACAGAAAUGCAGUUUCAAUAUUGACCGCACCCAGUCGCUCACUUACGCUCAGCUUGCAGAAACACGUCGUCAAAAUAGCCCUCUUGGGACACUUGAUCUUAAUUCACGCGAUAAUGCCAGCGCUAACAAAGUAAGCCAACCUCCCUACCAAAACGGGGAGGUAUAUUUUUCAGUGCAAAGUGUGGAUCGCCGACGGAGUCGCAAAAAGAAGCGCGCCCCUGACCCUCCAAGUCUUGCAAGGCCAUUUUCAUUAAGCACCCAGGAUGUAAGAGAAGAACCGAUCGCUUUGAAUGACUCUUCAGAACUUGAGCCUACUGUGAAAGCGUCACUACCUUUAACUGAGCAGAAAAAAGAUAAAACAGAAGUCCCACAUGCCGAAUCAGUGGUUUCGAAAAUAAUAGAAGAAUCAAAAGAGGCUGAUUCGAUUCCUCCUGCUCCUAAAUGGUGCACCGCAUUGUCAUCCGGCCCAUUAUCCAAGCCUAGUGCUCAGAGUGGUUCCAAUUCGAGCCACGCUUACAGAAACCUCAUUACGCCGAUAUUAUUUAAAAGCGAUUCUACCAGAAACGUAACUUCCCGUGUCUCUGCUCCAGCCACAGCAAACAACACAAAAACUACAACCACAUCUUCAACUUUUACUACAACUGCGUUUGAAUCACAAAGUUUGGCACAAACGAAAUCAAAAGAACCAAUAAAAACAGAGAACAAACCAAGUGUUGAAGUCGGGGAACAGUUUGUUAAAAAUUCGUUAACAAUGUUAACAGAAAAUGCAACUGUGCAGGAACCAACAUUUUUAUCUAAAAAAGACCCAUCUACAACAUUAGCACAAGCGAAACCAGUCACUAACUUACCAUCUGACGCAACCAUCGGUUUCAGCGCUAUUGCUUCCGAUCAACCAAAUGACUUUGACUCCUCCUCCAAACUCCAAAGUUUCCACCCAAACAUUUCCCCACCUUUGGCUUCCAGUGAAUCAUAUGAGCCAAGCCUCAGUCACAAUGAUUCUUUGUCACAACUGGAAAAGUCAAGUGAAAUUUCUCUCACUUCGACGCCAGAAAAACUACUGAUUUGGAAACCUCCCACACAAGAUGAAAUUUCGAUGUUGUUGGCUUCUAGUGAAAAAAUUCAAAAUAGCAAGAAACAACAGCAUACUUUAUUUGGAGAAACCCAAAAUAUGCUACAGUCAAGUCCACAAAAAAGCACAAUACACGAUAAACAUUUAAAAACCUCAUUUGAGCAAAAACAGCCUAUUUGCGAAACGCUCCUAAUCUCGAAUUUAUCGGAAGCAUCAAAAAGUAAACCAGAAAUCAAAAAUCAAACAGAAACAUCCAUCUAUGUAAAACCGUCCGUUGUGGAAACAAAAACCUCCCAUUCUGAGCACUUUGGAGAAAAGCAAAGCAAACUAGACGUGCCUGGAAUAAUGGAAGAGAGUUCCACUUUGAAUUCAUUCAAUAAUUCUGGAACAACCAAUAACAUAUUAGCCCCAGUUCCCCUAUCUACAAAUAACUAUUUAUCGACCAAUAUUUCCGGUCUGGUAACGUCACCGCCUAUGAACACAAUAGCGGUGAAAGGUUUACCAGAUGAAACUCUUUACGGAGGAAGUGUGCCUCCUCUAUCGAUUCCGUCAUCAAAUGCCCCAUCUGUCACACCUACAUCUAGUUCUUUCCUUCUUAAUUUCCAAACUAGCCCAAACGUCCCCAUAUCGCAUCUUCUUGUCUCAGGCGCGAGUGACUUAUGCACUACGUCUCAGCCUUUCAAUGCCACGCAUCAAAUAGCGACAAACCAAAUCGGACAACAGGUUGCGUAUUCAAUUCUACCCCAUUACAGUACAUUGCCGGCUACUCUGCAACCAAAUCUACACACGUCUCUGGCCUCAUGUCAUUCAGCAGCCCAUCUCAACCCACAAACCACUGGCAUGGGGAAAAUGUCCACUUUGCUCGUCAACACCCAAGGCAAAGUAAUUGCGCCAUUACCCCCCGGUGCACAGUUGCUACCUGGAUUCGUCCCCGCUUCACCAGUGGUGACAGCACAAGUCCCACCUCCAAAACAACCAACCCAAGCACAAGAAUACCAGAACGUCGAGCCAGUGUCACACCACUUACCUACUUUAACCCAACAAAUACAGGAGGUUGCUAAAAAGAAAGCCCUAAUGAAAUCACAAAGUCAAGACUAUAAAUCGUCCAUAAUGGUCUGUCCUUCAGAUAACAAAUCAACACAAUUAAGAACAUCGAGCACGCCACUCCCUUCAACUCCUCCUCCGCCACCGCCGCCGCCACCACCACCACCGCCGCCGCCGCUGCCUCCUGUAACAUCUCUACCGCUGACGCCCACAGACAGAAAUUCACCGCUUGCUAAGGUGAUGAUGGCCCACAAACCAGACUCCAAUUCACCGCUAGCGAGUUUGACGAAUUCGCGCCGAUCCAGCAAUUCAACCGGUGACAGUGACUCCAUGAAAGGAUUACAGCUUAUCCAGAGAGACGACAUCUUAGCUGCUCGCAGUUCUCUCAGGUCGCGGAAGGACCGGAAUCCCAAAGCGGUCAACAAACCCCAAAGCAACAACCCACAUGAAAAAUUCCAGAAAGAACUGAACGAAGCGUUUUUGAUGAGACAACAAAAGAAUGGUGAGAGUAUGAGAACCAUAUUGCCCAAUGGUAAGAAUAUAACUGUCGAACUGGAUGACAAAGAGGCUAACAAGGGGAACAUGCAAGAGACGAAUGAUAAGAGGAAAAUAACGGACGACCAUAACAGUGUCAAGACAUUUAGCUAUCGUGGUUGGAGUCAGAGUUCCAAUUCCUCAAGCAAAGGCUCUGUCAAAUCGAAUUCUUCUCAGAACUCAAAUUCUCACAAGUUAGAGAAAACAAGUGUGAUUAUAACGCAGCCAAAAACUUCAACGCAAGACAGCAAGAAAACUGUUUGGCGCACGAAUAUUGACGUUCACAAAAGUAGUUCCAUAAAAGAAAAAGAACAGCAAAAUUGGACUCCUGAACAGGAUCUGGGAGAUUUUGAUGAGAAAGAGACCGUCGCUGAAAAAGAGUCUGACGAGCGACGGACGCUCACGUCAAAUGGCUUUAAGGCAAAUCUGGUUCCUGGAAAUAUUAAACAUUUCUGCUCAGGUUUUCAGACAGGAAAUCCUUCAAUUAAAAACAACCAAAUACACGAGAGCAACGAGGAUUCAACCGAAAAAAAUGAGAAGCCGUUGAUUGUGUGGCAGUCAGAGGACUCUCUGAUAGAUGGUUCUGCAAAUAUGUCUUCGAAUUGGUCCUUCAAGACUUCAGAUACUUCGGAUAUGGACUCUGGCACACAAACGAAAUCAAAGAAAAAAACUGAGAAAAAAAGCCGGAAGAAAGAUGAUGGUGGCAAGAAAUCUAAUCGUUUUUCUUUUCCUCCGAUGAAAGGUAAGGAAAGCUCGGAAGCAUCACAUGUCAGUAAAAAAACAGCUGGUAUUGUGUACGGCGGUCAUGGAGAGAUUGUAUUUUUACCAGGUUUUCAAGAUCAUAUAGCUGCUGAAAAUAAUUACGUGAUAGAUGAAAACGCUGGCCAUGCGCCAAAAUGGCGGAACAAGAAGAAGAAAUACGCGUUCCAAUCGACAGUGAAACUAAACGAGAGAGAAAGAUUGGAACUUCAGUUGGCCAGUCGAAUUCAAGCCCGUGAAAGACAGAUGGAAGAGGAGAGAUUGGCACAGCAGAGAACAGAAAUGGAGUUUCAAAAAAUGAGGAUGUACAUGAAUUAUCCAGAUGAGCGGAGUAACUCGUCAGCGAGCGUCUCUCGGACCAACUCGUCGCAGGCAUCAUCAUCACGCGAUGUUUCCAGGUCAACAUCGUUAGAAGGCGAAAGUAAACAAGCCGUACACCAAAUGGAUGGAAAAGAAACAGAUUUUGUUGCCGGGUCAGACGAAGGGGUUGUUCUCCAACAAGUGACACCGAUUGGCGGAGCAUACAAAACGAAUACAGCCCAAACGUCGACGCAAGCAAAGAAACGUAACUCAAAACUCGGGAAUGAGCAGUCAAAGAAAAAUGCAAAUCAAGACAGCAAACUCAGCUCGGGUUUAGAGAAAAUGGCCGCCCGUCUUCCACCAAAAAUGCAAACAGGACAAAACACAAAGUAUACCGAGCCACUCCAGACAAAUUUUCCCAACGCUGGACUUUUGGCAAAUCGAGCACAUGGUGCUUCGCUUCCAAACCUUGCUUUCUUCAACGACUACCUGAAACUGUUGAGUGCCACUCAAACAAUAGUUCCUCCUCUCUAUCAAGAGAACUUGAAUCCGGCUCUCUUCGGCACCAACCCCAACUUAUUCCAACAAGUCAGUCCAUUCUAUCCAUUCUUCAUUAAUCCAAUGACCAGCAACCCGAACAACGUUCUUGGUGGCCUCGUUUACAACCAAACGACACCCAAUGGAGUGCAAAACCCCAUGUAUACGAGCGACGACAGUGACGAAGACGACGAUGAUGACACAGAAUCGAUUUAUCGAUCAAUCAGAAAUAAUUCCAAUUACACCAGCAGUUGGAGUUCUGACCAGACAAAAGAUUUAGACAACUCGUACAGUACCCAAUCUUCGUCAGUAGCGUACACCAGUACAGAAUAUUCCCGUGACAGAGACGAUAAAAGUUCAGAUUCUGGCAAUCCUUUGGCUUCUGAGACUGAAAUCAGUACGCAGAGUAGCAGUAUCAGCAGCAUCGACAGGUGA